AUGGAGUAUCCUCCGCAGUAUCAGCAACAGUCUCACCAUCCGCAUCUGCAGAGCGGGUAUCAGACGUCCCCUCAGAACGCGGGUCCCGGUGCUCUACAAUCGCCUUCCGGUCCUCAGUCGCAUUUGCAACAACAUAAUCCGAACCAAGCUUCUCCUAUCCUGCCGUCGCAAACUCAAAACCAUUACACACCUCAGUCCGCAGGUGGUGUCCAUCAAUCGAUGGGUUACCCUCAAUAUGGUGUGGGUGGUGGAAUGGCACAAGGUUAUGGUAUCUCACCCACUCAGGCUGCGGCCAUGGCCACUGCGGCUGCUUCAGGACAAAUGCCAUCCAUGUCUACUGGUGUUAAUAUCCCCCAGGCGAAUCAAAUGAAUCAGCAGCGACGGAUGAGCCAGCACAUCACCAGUCCUCAUGGGCAAGUGUCACAGCCAGUCAUGAAUCACAAUAUCCCCAGACAAACAGUUCCUCCUACCAUGCCUCCGCCACAACAGCCUGUACAAGCUCCACAGGAGGAGAUUGUUGCAGGCGGGGCUGAGGAAUCACCUCUUUAUGUAAAUGCGAAACAAUUCCAUCGCAUUCUCAAACGACGCGUCGCUCGACAGAAGCUUGAAGAGCAAUUGAGACUGACUUCCAAGGGACGCAAACCUUACUUGCACGAGUCACGACAUAACCAUGCAAUGCGUCGACCUCGUGGACCUGGAGGUAGAUUCUUGACGGCUGACGAGGUCGCUGCCUUGGAGAAGGGCGAACACCCUCUUGGUGGCGAAAACGGCACCCCUGCUACCAAAGACGCCAAGGGUGCUACAUCAGGCACCAAGAGAAAGGCUGGAAAUCUUGACAAUGAGACUCCCAGCAAGAAAUCCAAAGUAGCCAGCGAGAGCGCUGACGAGGACGAGGAUGAGGAUGGUGAAGAAGAUCUCGGCUGA